AGAGCAGAAAAGUCUCUUUGAGACCGCCAUCUCCUUUCCCUCUCCCACUCCUUCCCGCCCUCCGCUCUGCCUGCCUGUCUGUCUGUCUGUACAAAAGUCAAAUCUUCCAAAUUACAACAUUCAUUGUAUUAGCAUUACAUCAGCUCAGACAAAACCCACCCGGAUACACACACACACACGAACACACACACGACACGGACAGGCAGAUAGACACGCAAAACCCUUGUUUGUUGCGUGGCGUGGAUGCCUGGAUGGAUGGCUGGAUGCAUCUACUGUUACCCCUGUACACCCGGCUGCCCGCCCUCGGUGGCUACCUUCUUUCCCUACCCACCAGAAAGUGCGCCAUCUCCCUUCACGGACGCCUCUCGCUCGGCAAUCCGCUUCAUCCGUCUGACGUAGCGCUCGAUCCUCUUGUCGUAUCUUGCCAGCCGGGCGUCAACCCGUCGCUGCGCGGCGACAGCUGAUGGCCUCCGUGUGGGCGAGAGGGAUGGUGAAGUGGGCACGUUGACGGUGGAUGCGGCGGGCGACUGGUCUUGUGUGGGUGUGCAGGUGGGGGAGCGGGUGGACAUGGAGGAGAGGGAGUCCUUGGGGGCCAUCUCCAUCUUGAUGCCCUCCACCUUGGCCAUCUUGCUCUUGAGGAAGUCGCCGGUGUCCGCCAUGUCAAGGGUCUCGAUGCCCAGGACCUUCGCCCCACAGAACCGAAAAGCCGACGCCACGACAGUUUCAUUGUGCCCAUACACCUGCACACCAGACGCCGCCAUGUCAACCAGCGGUGGAUGGUGUGUUCCUGGCCUGCUCUCACUCACCCUCAUGCCAGCUUUUGGUCCGCCCGUGGUGCGGCAGAUGACGACUUUCUUGUCCCUGAGCAGGCCCUGCGAGCCGUACGCCCUGAGGAAGCCGCGUAGGCCGGGGAUGAACUGGCAGAUGUUGAGGGUGAAGACGAGGAUGGGGUGCAGGGGGAGGUUCUUGUAGGCAAACCCCGCCGUCAUGACCUGGUCCAGGAACGCCUUGAGCGUCGCUGGCACGUCGUACCAAAACACGGGAUGCACCAAGAUCUGACACACACAAGACGGACGGGUCAAGAGGGUAGGCUGGUUGGGCAACCAAGGUUCCAGUGUUCUAGUGUGUGGUUGCCCACCCACGCACCACGAAUCUGGCCUUGUGGAGCUCCUCCUGCAGCCACUUGAUCUCGCCCGAAGGCUCCCCCUUGCCGUAUUUCGAGUAGCGGUACAUCCACUCGUCCCUGAGGCCCGUCAGGCCCAUCCUGCUGAGGUCCACCCGGGUGAAUGGUAUGCCCUGCGCCGCCAGCAGCUCCUCCCACUUGGCUGCCGUGCGGCUCGACAGCGAUGUGACAUUGGGCGCCGGGUGCGCCACCACAAUCAGGGCGUUGUCUGGCGUACCAGACUCACGAUAAAGCGGGUACCUGCUCAAGCAAGACACCCACGUCAAUCAAUGGGAGAGAUGCAAUGCCAUCGAUUCGAUGGCGGAUGUGGCCCAGUGUGUGCAGACAGACAGGUUGCCAACCUCCGUUUUGCGUUGAGGUUCUGCAGCCAUUGUUUGUGCCAUGUCGGGAAGAGCGUCGCCAGAAGGUCACUGAGGAGCAGGGUCAGGACGAGCCAAAGGGACUCGAAGAGUAGUUCCAGAGACCAAAACAUGAUCGGCCGUGAUGUCGGUGCGGGAGGCAGCGGCUGACGUUCCAAGCUGCUUGACAGGCGUG